UAAAUGUAAUUUGUGCUGUGCCUGGGAUUGCAAAGUGAUUGCAUCAUCUGAACUGUAUUGACGUUGAAAGAGUUAAUCAGUAAUGAACUGUGAUGACCCUGUGAGUGUCUGGAAGGAGGGAGGAUCCAGAUAUAAGAGUGAAUUCCUUCCUCUUGCAUCAGCCACAAGCCACCAGUUAUCAGCCAUCAGUCAUUGGUUGUUAGUUUUCUGUCUGCAUGGUCUUCGUCAUCUGCCUAGUCUGUAUGUGCUGUUUUUGUUGUUCUGCACAGUAAAACUGUGUGCAUUGAUUUUACUGACGUCUCCCAGUGUCCGUUCUUCUACGCUCCAGAGCUUCCAAGCUCCAAAAGCCUCUUCAUAACGCUGACAAAAGGGUUAUGGGCCCCAGGAUUUGGAGCUAAAGAGAAAGCAGAAGCUGUAGUUCGGACUUGAGAUGGGAGUUGUUCUGGUGAGCCUGCUUCUACAGAGGAUCUGUGCGUGUCUUCGGAGGAAGACUGAUUCCGGAGAAAGCAGAGCUGCGAGCGGGGUGUGCUGGACUCUGACUGAUGACCAGAAGUGUGAAGCUGUAAAGCCAUAAAGCUGAAAGCAGAGGGGGACUGCCAGAUGCCACUGAAGGUGUGUGAAAGUCAGCGGCUGGGCUUAAACUCGAGUGCGAGGGUUUCCUGGAGGCUGAGGCGCGGUUGGCAGCUAAACGUGCAGCCCGGGCAGAAGCAAGGGAUAUACGCAUGAGAGAACUGGAACGACAACAGAAGGAGCUUUCUCAACGGUCUUACGAUAGAAAAUGGGGCCAUAUCCAAAAGUGGAUGGAUGAUUCAGAGAAGGCUAGGUAUUCACACCGCUCCAGCCGGCGGUCAUAUCUGGGAGCAGAUGACUUGGCUUCCAAUCGAAGUACCUCUAGUCAGAGGAACUCUGCCUUGGAUGUCAGUGGGUCACACAGGAGCAGAGCAAGUACUUCUAGGAGAAGGGAUCUUGUGAGCCAUACUUAUGGUGAUUCUUAUGGUGGGAAGAAGUCUUCUAGCUCUCAUAAAGAUCUGUUGAGUGGAUUUUACCAUGACCAACGAAAUUACAGCAGCCUUAGACAUAGUAAACCAGUUUCUACCUACCGUCCUCGGUCAUCAUCUCUAUACAGUGAUCCUUUGGCAACAACUAAAACCUACAGGGUGUCUCCAGAUGUAAACACUGGCUUGAUGAGAAGUGCCAGUUUGGCAUCAUUAUAUGGUGAUGAAUUCACUCAGUCAUAUAGUAGACGGACUCCUUCUGAAUACAGCUAUUCUUCUUCAAGAACAAGUUCAGCACGAAGUAGUCCAGUGUUUACAGAUGAUGAAUCAGGGAGCAUUGCAUCCUCUAACCGUGCCGUUCGAGGGCGGAGGGAUAGUGUGUCAUCUGAUUUUUCUGAUCAGAGUGAAACUGCAGCUGAUUAUUUUAGCCGCUCUAAUCGUAGGGGAAGCAUUGUGUCUGACUUGGAUGAUGUCAGCAUUCCAGACAUGAAUAGUCUUGAGGAGAAGAAUGAUAGGCCAUACUCUGAUUCAUAUGUUCGGCCAGCAUCUCGCAAUUCAGCAACACCUCUUAGUGGAAAUUCAUCUAGACGGGGAAGUGGAGAUACCAGCAGUUUGGUGGAUCCUGAUACCUCCUUGAGUGAAUUGCGGGAUAUCUAUGAUCUUAAGGACCAGAUACAAGAUGUAGAGGGGAGAUACAUGCAGGGACUUAAAGAACUAAAGGAAUCGCUUGCUGAAGUUGAAGAAAAAUACAAGAAAGCAAUGGUUUCUAAUGCCCAGCUAGAUAACGAGAAGAACAAUUUGAUAUAUCAAGUAGAUACUCUAAAGGAUGUAAUUGAAGAAAGAGAAGAACAGUUAGCAGAAUACUACAGGGAAAAUGAAGAAAAAUCAAAGGAAUUGGAAAGACAAAAACACUCGUGCACUGUUCUGCAGCAUAAAGUCAAUGAACUUAAGGAGGGUAUUCGCCAAAGAGAUGAAUUAAUUGAGGAGAACCAACGCUUGCAGCAGAAAAUAGAAUCUGUAACCAAAGAGGUGUUUGACCUCCAGGAGACAGUUAAUUGGAAAGAUAAAAAAAUUGGGGCUCUAGAGAGACAAAAAGAGUACUUUGACUGCAUUAGGAUUGAGCGAGAUGAGCUCAGAGAUGAGCUGGCUGACCUCAAGGAAACAAUGAAGACAGGAGAGAAACAUGGAUUAGUUAUAAUCCCUGAUGGCACUCCAAAUGGGGAUGUCAACCAUGAACCACUAGUUGGGUCAAUAACAGUUGUUUCACAGGAAGCUGCCCAGGUCUUGGAAUCAGCAGGGGAAGGACCACUAGAUAUUAGGCUAAGAAAACUUGCAGGAGAAAAGGAAGAAUUGUUGUCACAGAUUAAAAAAUUGAAAUUCCAGUUGGAAGAGGAACAGCAGAAAGCCUCUAGAAAUGAUGGCACAAGUACUGAUUUGACAGGAUUAGAAAACGGCUCUGAUUUGCAGCUCAUUGAAAUGCAGAGAGAUGCCAACAGACAAAUUAGUGAUUUCAGAUUUAAACUUUCAAAAGCUGAACAAGAUAUUACAACUCUGGAACAAAAUGUGGUACGACUUGAAGGACAGGUGGUAAGAUAUAAAACUGCUGCAGAGAAUGCAGAAAAAGUGGAAGAUGAACUAAAAGCAGAAAAGAGAAAACUUCAACGAGAGUUAAGAACGGCGUUGGACAGGAUAGAGGAAAUGGAGAUGACCAAUAGCCACUUAGUGAAACGGCUGGAAAAAAUGAAGGCGAACCGAACUGCACUUCUAUCUCAACAGUAGCAAGGAAACCUAAAACAAAUUAUGCACUGCUCCUUGAAAUAACUUCUCCCAGUUUGUUUUAAUACAGACUUAAUUUGGCACAAACUUUGAAUGUGGAGCUGUUCCAUGAAUUUUAGUUCCCUAAUUAAGUGGCAAAUGUUUUGUAACUUGAGCAAAUGAAAAACAUAGCUUGAAUCUUUAUGCAAAUAAUGAGUUUUAGCAGCUUAAGUCUAUAGCCUGCUGGAGCCCAAUUCUGUAUGAUUGACUUCCUGCUACAAACUAUUUUCACAAUUGUGAAGUUAGGUUUAUUCACUGAAAUACUUUCAACUGCUUUAAUAAUGCUUGGUGCUUGGAGACGACCGCAUGAAUUCAAGAGGAUGCUGCAUUACAAACUAACCAAUGACGUGCUGAAGACAUCACCUGGCACAAGUGCCUUCUCUCUAGUGCAAUGUAGACUUUGAUGAUUAGAUUAAAAUAACCUUUGGAAUCAGAUAACCUUUAUUUUAAAAUACCUUUGGGUUGUGUUUGCUAAAUUUUAUACAUUUUUGAUGGAAAACACUUUUGUAAAAUAUUUAAAUUUAUAUAAAAUAGAAAUGACUGUAUAAAAUUUGCUUUAUUGCAUGGGUGAAGCACACCUGAGUUUUAGACUUUAAAAAAGCACUAUCCCCAGCUACUCUUAGUGUAAGAGUAGUGUGCGUAAGAUGUUUUGUUGUACAGUGUAAAACCUGGUGUGUCAGGUGCUUAAGCGUGGAGUGAAACAUGGGUGGGUGGGAGAGAUGUGGCAGAAAAAUCUAUUAAAUGGACACUUUACUUAGUA